AAUGGCAGAGAUUAUAAAGAAAGAAGUAGAUGUCAAGGAAUCUGAGAUAAUCUCUACUGUAGAGGAAACAUGUUUUGUUAAUAUACCUGAAGAUGAUAUAAAGCUGGAAAAUACAGAAAUACAAGGAGAAAAUAUUGUUCGUGAAUUUGAUCCUCUGCACUCUGAACCUAAACCAAAGAGAAUCAAGAAGUGUAAAGAUGGAUAUCCAUGUUCUAAAUGUGAGCAUACUGCUACUACAGCCCGUGAUUUGAAGAGACGUGUUGAAAGUAAACACGAAGGAGUAAGAUAUCCGUGCUUAAAACGUGAUUAUGCUGCAACUCAAGCAGGUCACCUGAAGUUUCAUAUCGAAAGUAAACACGACGGAGUGAGAUAUCUCUGUUCUCAAUGUAAACAUUCCACAACUACAGCAAGCGAUCUGAAGAGACAUGUUGAAAGUAAACACGAAGGAGUGAGAUAUCCUUGCUCUGCAUGUAAUUUUGUUGCAACUAGAGCAAGUAACCUAAAGGCACAUGUUGAAAAUAAAAAAAGGAGUGAGGUAUCUUUGUUCUCAAUGUAAAUACGUGGCAACUACAGCAAGUGCUCUGAAGAAUCAUAUUGAAAUUAAACAUGAAGGAGCAAGAUAUCCUUGUUCUUAAUGUGACUAUGCUGCAACUACAGCAAGUGUUCUAAAGAAUCAUAUUAAAAUUAAACAUGAAGGAGUGAAAUUUCUUUGUUCUCAAUGUAAAU